CUAAAUGUCAACUUUUUGACUUUGUCCACUCUUUGUUGUUUGUCAAUUUCACUGUCAAAACUGAAUAUUCUUGGAGAAAUUCCCUGAUCGAUAGGAAUUAGAAAUAUGCUCGUAUCAAAACUGGUUGGUUUGAGGGCGGCGACCACUUCCAUGAUGGUCACUAGAAAUUUAGCGGCAGCUCAGAAAGCUACCGAUCCCAUCCAACAGCUGUUUUUAGAUAAAAUCAGGGAAUACAAACAGAAGAGCGCGGGUGGCAAAGUCCCAGAUGCCAGCCCUGCUGUCGAGAAAGAGCUGAAAACUGAAUUAGAAAAGCUUGAGAAGCAGUAUGGAGGAGGUCCCGGAAUCGACAUGACAGCAUUCCCAUCUCUGAAGUUUGAGGAACCUAAGCUGGACCCCAUUGAUGAACAGGCCGCCCCCAAGAAGUGA